GCUGCUCCUCCACUCCACUACUCAAACCAAAAGUAUCCAUGGAAAGCUUUCACUUUUUGAGGAUGAUUCUCUCUCUGUUUCCGCUCCUUCCUUUUCUUUCCAUUUUCUUUUCUUUUCCCCUUCACCUUCACUCACACGCUUACGUUUUACCCGAUCAUUACUUCAUCAACUGCGGCUCGGACUCUAACGUACCAGAAUUCAAGAGGACUUUCUCCGGCGACGACCACUUCACCGGCGGCACCACUGUAGUUGAAGACCCACAAGAUAUUUACAAAUCUGCAAGAAUUUUCAACAGAAAGUCUGGGUAUGAGCUUAAGACAGACCAGGAUGGCCCUUACACGGUACGCCUUCAUUUCUACCCCUUUUCUUCUUCAUCCCAUAAUCUCUCCGAUGCAAGAUUCACCGUCACGGCUCUCGGGGAUUCUCUGCUGUCGAAUUUCGGCGUCAGUAAUAGCUCCAAUUUGCCAGUCAUUAAAGAAUUUUUGGUGUCAGUGAAGACCGGGUGGAAGCUCACGAUUGAGUUUAUACCUUCUCAACAAUCAUCUUUUGCAUUUGUGAAUGCAAUAGAAGCAUUCCCAGCCCCUGAUUCCUCCAUUCCUCCUGGUGCUCCGGCAGUGGACAAUAAGAUGAACAAAUUUACCUUGUCAUCAAAUGUUUUACAUGUGAUUUAUAGGAUUAACGUUGGGGGUCGGCUAAUUACCUCUGGCAAUGAUACUUGGUGGAGAAACUGGGAGCCUGAUGAUCUUUACCUGAUUUCCUCAGAGUCCAAGAGUAUUCCGUCUACUGGGAGGCCUAAUUACCAGGAUGGAUGGGCAACUUCAAUCGAUGCCCCUGACUUUGUUUACGACACUGCAAGAGUGCUAAAUCUUAAUGAUAAUCCGCAGACUAAAGCUUCCAACAUAACAUGGCGGUUCAGUGUGAAUAACAAUACUACACACUUUCUCAGGCUCCACUUCUCUGACAUUGUUGCCGGUCGAAAUGAGUCACAAUUCAAUGUUUAUGUAUAUGAUGAGUUCAUUACAAUGGUUAGCCCUUAUGAUAUAGUUCCAGACCUGAAUACUCCUUUUUACCUUGAUUAUGUGGUCAAUUCAGAUGCGUCUGGUUUCAUGAAGGUCAGUGUUAGUCCACUGCUAGGCACAAGUAAAUAUUCCUUUCUGAAUGGUUUAGAGAUUAAGCAGAUAAGUAAGGAUCAGGUUAGAGUUCCAGAUGGGAGUGGGCAGAAGGGGAAAAGCUUGGUGAUAGUAAUUGGUUCUGUUGUUGGUGGGUUGGCUUUCAUUUUUGUUUCUGGAGUGGCAGUGUGGUUUUAUUUGAAAUCAAAGAAGAGAGAGGAAAAGCCAGUUGAGACUUCUGAGUUUCCCUUUGAUCAGAUAUUUGGGGUGAGUACGCAGAGCCGGAGCACAGAAAAGAGUGGGAUUUCUCUUAGUCCUGAUAUGAAUCUUGGGUUGAAAGUGCCUCUGGCAGAAAUCCUGUAUGCAACGAAGAAUUUCGACCCGAAAAGAAUGAUUGGGGAAGGGGGGUUUGGGAAGGUCUACAAAGGGACUAUGAGGAAUGGGGUGAAAGUGGCUGUGAAGAGAAGUGAGCCUGGGCAUGGGCAGGGUUUGUUAGAGUUCCAAACAGAGAUAAUGAUCCUGUCCAAGAUUCGCCACCGGCAUCUUGUGUCUUUGAUUGGGUACUGUGUUGAGAGAUAUGAGAUGAUUCUGGUUUAUGAGUUCAUGGAGAAGGGCACAUUGAGGGAUCAUCUUUAUAAUUUGAAUGAGCAGUCUGCAGAAAGAUCAUAUACUUCUCGUUCGGAGUUGUCUUGGGUUCAAAGGCUGGAAGCCUGCAUAGGUGCAGCCAAAGGCCUGCAUUACCUUCAUUCUGGUCUGGAUAUGCCAAUCAUCCACAGGGACAUCAAGUCCACAAAUAUCCUGCUGGAUGAACAGUAUGUGGCAAAGGUUGCUGAUUUUGGGCUCUCGAGAUCAGGCCCUCUCGAUCAAUCCCACGUUAGCACUGUCGUGAAGGGCAGCUUUGGUUAUCUUGAUCCCGAGUACUACAGAUGCAUGCAACUCACUCAAAAAUCCGAUGUCUACUCGUUUGGCGUGGUGCUCCUCGAAGUGCUGUGUGCUAGGCCGGCUAUCAACAACCUGCUGCCAAGGGAGCAAGUGAACUUGGCAGACUGGGGGAUGUCUUGGCAGAAGAAAGGGGAGCUUGCCAAGAUCAUUGACCCUUUUCUAGUGGACAAAAUCAACCCAAGCUCUCUGAGGAAAUUCGGGGAAACCACAGACAAGUGUCUGCAAGAGAGUGGCGUCGAUCGCCCCAGUAUGGCCGAUGUGCUGUGGGACUUAGAGUAUGCACUCAGGCUUCAGCAGUCCGGAAUGCCUCUAAAUCCCCGCGAAGACUCCAUGACUGAUGUUUCGCUGCAGUUGCCUCCUCCUAUCGUUCGUCGCUUGCCUUCUAACAUCAUGCCAAUGAGCCAAGAAGAGGGUGAUGAUUCCCAAACAUUAAGUGGUGGACUUGAAGCUAGUGCUGUUUUCUCCCAGCUCAACAUUGAGGAUGCAAGAUGAUAUAUAGUUAAUCUCAGCUAUAUGGUAUUACUUCAAGAUUAUCUGAUCUCUGCUGUUUUCUUUCAUUGUGAAUUUUAAUUGCUCAGCCACUUCUCCAUAUAUAUGUGGAGAAUUGCAGCCCCAAAUGCAUAUAUAUAUUGCCUUGCCUGAAGAUUAAUCUUCUUGUUUAUGUUACUGUGAUAAUGUAUUUGUUUAAAUAAUAUCUGUCAAUUUGCACUUAUAU